UCAACAGAUGCCAUCGAUUAAAGAGCGUCCCACAUUGAACUCUGUUGUCGUGAAGGGCAAACGACCUAUGCAUCGAAGCACAUUGAUUCUAGGCGAUCAGACUAAAUCAUAUUAUUCUACAACACACGAAGAGUGUUUUUCUGGGAGAGGACGCGAUGGUCAACCGCUGGUCUUUCUGCCUCCAGAUUCACUCUAUCCAUCACAGCAUACAGGAAAGCUGGAGAUGAUAAGUAACAUGACAACAACACCUGCCACAACACACUCCAGAGAUGUGCACGGACCGAAGGACAUUGUACCACAUCAUGUACUGCACAGCACCGGGGAACAGAACAAAACACGGAACCGUGGGGGUCUUGAGAUGAAAGACAUCACCCACCCCAACGAGAUCACUCAGUACCAGACCACAUAUAACAAUGAGCACUGCGACACCUCUCCUAGACAUCUAACAAAUGAAUCCAGUGGACGGCCAAUCUACUGGCACAGCCAUAAUAUUAUCACAGGUACUUCAGAAGUCAACUGCUCAUUAUUCAAGAGGAGAAGAGAGGACUCCAGCUGGGCCUGGCCGACUGAGAAGAGAGUCUGGAGACAUGGUUCUGUGGGAAACCCGGCGCUGGGACACACAGCACGACUCUUUUCGGCUGUAUUGAACUAAUCAAAUUCGUACUAGUGCUAGUGCGCAGUUAAUAAAGUC